GUGCUCAGCGGUGCUGCGCCCGCUCCCGAUGCCAUGUUCUUCGCUAUGGUCGCGGACGUGGUGCCGGCCGCAGAUCGCUUGAUGUAUUUUGGCCUGGGCUCAGCUGGGUUCCUCGCUUCCUUCUCGGCUGGCACAGGGCUGUCGUCACUCGCCCAGGCGGCCCUUGGCCCGAACGGCAUCGUCAGGGCAGGCGUUUUCACCGCAUUGGUGUCUGGUCUCCUGUUCUCCUGGGUAGUACCAGAGACGGCACCAGUGGGCGGAUCUGGAGGCGGGCAGGGCGAGAUCGUGAGGCAGAAGUCCUUGUUGCAGAUCCUUGGCGCAGGGGGUGGCAACAGCUCACAGGACUGGCUGCUGAGGUAUGUCGGUUGGAUUGGGCUGUUGUCUUUUCUGCCACAGGACGGAGUUGUGGCCAUCUCGCCGUACUACGCGAAGCAGCGCCUUGACCUGUCGGGCCUGGAGACCUCCAGGCUGCUUGCGCAGAUGCUCUGCAUCGGCGGCGUCUGCAGCAUCGUGUGGCUCAGCUUCGGACUGCGGAUGCUUGGCCGCGUUUGCCAGGACCAGGUGCGCGUGUUCCAGGUCAUGCUUCUAUCUCGGGCGCUUAGCGGCGUGUGGCUGCCCGACCUCGGUGGACUAAGCAGCUGCUCGCAGAACUGCAGAUUGGCGCUCACGCGCAU